GAGAAGUACAAUAAGACCCAUAUCAUCAGCAACUGGUAGCAAUAGGGAGCCACUAAGGAGGCGAAGAUAUCCAGAAGCAAACCAAGUUUCCUAUCAGGCUUCACAAUAUUUCUCAGAAACAGAUGAUAAA